AUGACAAAGGAUAAAAACGCAAGAUUAGAACAGAACUGUGGGUGCUUCUACGUCACAAGCGCGCUUGUAAUUGGCUGCAUCCUUGCAUCUCUUACUGCCGUGAAUUUUUAUCAAAUAUGGACUCUCAAACAGGAUGUAGAGUUUCUAAAACUGCAGUGCAAUCUCAUAGCGGAUAACUCUAGAGAAGUUGUAGAAGACACGUCACGAAGCAAGAGGCAGGUUGUUAGUGAUCUUAGUUCCUUUAUAAGAAAUAUCACGAACCAGCAAUUGGCUGUACAAUGUAACAGUAAUACGACAAUCUGUAUACAAGGAAGCAAGGGUGAUCCUGGUCUUCAAGGGUUACCCGGAAGUAAAGGCGAUACCGGAAGUAAAGGUGAUCGAGGGCUUACUGGACUUCCUGGUUUACCAGGUUCAGACGGAUUCAAUGGAACGAAAGGUGACACAGGACCGAUGGGCCCUACAGGGGCUAAAGGUGAAACGGGUCUACCUGGGGUCAAAGGAGAAACCGGGGUUAAAGGUGACACAGGCUUACAAGGUCCACAAGGAAUAAAAGGUCUCAAGGGCGAAAUGGGUGACCCAGGCCAGAACGGACUUAAUGGGACAGUAGGACCUUCCGGUACUCCGGGCGCAGCUGGACUCCCAGGAAGCAAAGGUGAACCGGGAUUAAACGGACUCCCAGGAUUACAGGGACUACAGGGAGCAACAGGGCUCCCAGGAAGUAAAGGGGAGCUCGGACCAAAGGGCGAGGACGGACCAUUCGGACCAACAGGAGCCAAGGGGGAGCCGGGAAUCAGCGGACUGCAAGGACGAAAGGGCGAAACUGGACCUCAAGGAUUCAUUGGUCAACCAGGGGUCAAAGGUGAGCAGGGUCAAAUUGGACCAAAUGGUGCUCCAGGAACACCAGGGCUGAAUGGCAUUCCAGGAUCUCAAGGACAGAAAGGAGAAAUGGGACCACAGGGACCUAAGGGAAACACUGGUGAUGCGGGUCCAUUUGGUCCAGCUGGGGUGAAAGGAAAUCCGGGUAUGACUGGAGCCAAAGGAGGGAGGGGCGAUAAAGGAGAAACCGGAUUGAUGGGAUUGCCGGGUGUCCAAGGUCCAAAAGGAGAUCAGGGGAUGCAAGGUUAUCAGGGAGCAAGGGGUCAGAAAGGAGAAACAGGAAUCACAGGUCCUCAAGGACUUCCGGGUUCUCUUGGGCCACAAGGGAUCAUGGGAAUGAAAGGAGAACUCGGACCGCAAGGAUUGCCGGGACUAAAGGGUGAAAUGGGAGCUAGGGGAUUUACUGGAUUCCAGGGUCCACCUGGCGUUGCCGGUGCUUCCGGUCCUCAGGGACAGAAAGGUGAACGAGGUCAGCAGGGGUACUUCGGACAAAAGGGAGAGAAAGGUGACACUGGAGCCGGCAGUAAUUGUUGUGUACAGCUAGCCAAACCAACCAUUCAAGGAAGCAUAGGAACAAUUUACCACGUGACAGCUAAAGAAAACAACACGGUUAUCUUACCAUGUAAGGUCAACGGAUACCCUUCUCCUACAGUCACGUGGUCUAAAAAUAAUGACGUAUCACCGAUCAAGCAGGGGGUGUUAACUUCCAAUGGUUUGCUGCUGGUGGAUGUUCACGUUGGAGAUACCGGAAAUUAUACAUGCAAAGCAGAGAGCAUUCUGGGAAUUCAAGAAAAAGUUGUAGAACUAAUUGUUAAAGACGGAGAAGCGAAGAUUCAUCCAGACCAGGAAUAUGUUGGGGCUAAGGUCGGGCAAAUUGUUCAAAACUUAUGCAGGGUCACAGAAACAGACCAUUACAACCUCCAAUAUUCCAAGGUCACAGGGUCAUUUCCGAUUCACAAUAUCAACCCGGAUGGAAGCGUUCGAUUUGCUAUGACGGGUGAGCGUGAGACUGGCGAAUACCAAUGCGAGGCUACCACCGAUACCGGAAUUGUGUUUGCAGCCUUCUAUGUGUACAAGGACAUGGGACAACUGACAUGUCAGACUACGUUUGCUGACUGUGCAACAUUAGAUAAAUCGUACUGCGGCGGAACUUGCCCCGCAGGAUGCACAGAUCUGAACGAAGCAUUCCAUGCUCAUCGCUUUGCAUUGAAUUUGCCGGUGUGUCGGGCUGCUUUAAACAGUGGUGGUCUAAAGUCUUUGGGCGGUCACGUGAUAUGGAAAAAUGAGCAUGCCAAUGGUGGAGAGGCAUCUGAGUUUGUGCAGGCCACGCCAGUUGUCCGUCCUCCGAUUACCGUGCUAGGAUAACGAGGAACAUGUGAACUACUGUAAACUUACUAGGAUAACGAGGAACAUUACCAUGUUAAAUACUGUAAACGUACUUAAGUUUACGCUGAAGAUUUUAUUUAGUCCGCCGUAAUUUUGAACACUAAUGCGUACUUCUAUCCGAUUUACUGCAUAAAUGGGGAGUUUUCACGAAUUUAUUUGGGAUCAUAGGUAAAGUAUACACCAAGCAGAAGAAAGUGCAUUAUAUACAUGUACGUCUACAGUUAUUCUGAAAUA